GAUGAAGCUCGAAAGAUUUAAUCAGUGCUCAUGGAUUUGGCUGUGUUCGGUAUCGAUAAAGCGGCAAGAUCCCACUAUGAUUGUAUUUCUAUGAGGUUUUAAUAUUUAAUUUCCUCUUUCCGAGUUUUUUUAUGGAGCCGUUUUAAAUUCAUUGAUGUUUAAUUAUUACUUUUUCUGCUUCUAAUUCCGAAGCGGCACAUUAAUUCGAAACUUCAAUGGUAACUUAAGCCAUCAUUGGAGUAAAAUAAAGUUGAUGCUCAAAAGCUUUUACAAUGAAAAAAAAUCAAGUCCUAUUUAUAACAUGCACUUUCAGCAUCACCAUUCUUACAAUACAAACUUUUAUACUGAGAUUACUGUUGCAAAAAGAAAUAAAGGAAGAAAAAGUUGAUCCAGCCUAUAGUUCUAUAAGCAAAGUCAUAAGUCAUUCUGUUAAACACAAUGUUCCUUUGUUCCUUAUUGAUCCCAAAAUAUUGUAUCGAGCACAUGUUUCUAGUGAUGAAGAAGACCAUAUUGACUGCCAUUUUAUUUGCUUGGGACAAAAAGUCUUACAUUUAGGAACUAUUGGUCCUUUGACAACCCAGUUUCAGAAAAAUUCUUUCACUGAAGCUUUAGAAGCUGAAAGUUUUAAAGUCAUGCAGUUUGUAGGAUUUGAACCAAUUCUUCAACAGCAUGGGUUGAAUUCUCCAAUUCCACUUCAUUUCAUCAUAUCUGACAACCAUAUCGCUAUUCAUGUUGCAUUUUUUUAUGAAAGACCUGGAAAGUUUUGGUGGACAGGAGGAUAUAAUCUCAAACAGGAAGAAUUGCACAGUUUAUAUGAAAUGGAUUUUAAAAAGGAGGACCUGCUCUUAUUGUUACAAUCUGCUGCUUUUGAUAAGAUGGAAAUACAUUCAGCAUCAAUAGAUAAAAUUAGAAUCUUUGUACCUUUGCAACACCAUAUGUUUUUGAAUUUUCCAAACGACAGUAAAUUCAUAGAGUGUAAUUACUCCCAAGCAAAAGUAUUCUUUGAAAAGUUUGGCCGAGAUGAAAGUGAUGAAGCUGAAAUAUUUCGCACUAAAGCAUGGAAGCUCUUAGCCAAAGCAAAAUCUUUAUUGGAUCAUUUGAAAAUUCCUUUUUGGUUGAGCAGUGGAACUUUGCUUGGAUACUAUAGAGAAUGUGGUUUUAUUUCUUAUAGUAAAGAUGUUGAUAUUGGUAUUUGGAUUAAGGACUUCAGACCGGAAAUAAUAUCAUUAUUUUCAACAAAUGAUAUGCCUUUAAUUCAUUCAUUUGGAAAGGUUGAAGAUAGUUAUGAAUUAUCUUUUAGGGAUAAUGACCUUAAACUUGAUAUCUUUUUUUUCUAUGAAGAGGAGUCAUAUGUGUGGAAUGGAGGCACGCAAGCAAGGACUGGGAAAAAGUUCAAAUAUAUGUUUUCAAAAUUUGAACUUUGUUGGACUGAGUUUUUAGAACUUAAAGUUAGAAUUCCUUGUCAAACUGAAGACUACAUAAAAGCAAAUUAUGGCCAAAAAUGGUAUGAGCCAGUUAAAGUUUGGGACUGGAAAAGCAGUCCUUCAAAUGUGAUGGAAAAUGGACAGUGGCCUCUUGAUGAGUGGCCCGAAGUUAUUCAACUUCUGCCUCUUCCUGAACAAACGUGAUCUUAGUUUUUAAAUUUUACUGAUUCUUUUUAUGAAAUGGUUUUCUAUUUUGAUAUUAUAACCAAGAUCAAAUUUUUCAGUAAAAUAAAUAGUGAUGUACUUUUUUAAUAGAAUAUCUAUUUUUUUAAAAAAAUAGCUUUUAACAUCAAUUAUUGAUAUUUUUUGUAUAAAAAUGGAACAGACCUAUUUGUAAAAUUUAUUUUUUAAUUGUUUUCCUCAUUACUUUAAAAAAUAUAAAUAAAUGUUGAAAAAAAAGAUUUUUUAUCCUUGUUUUGAUACUUGUGAUUAUGGAAAGAGAUUUUAAACUGAACUGUUCUGAACAGAAAUUUUUUUUUUGCACUCAGAUGUAUGUCAAUUUUUUUCUAUUCACUGAAUUUUAAAAUUGCUUAAACUAAUUGGUAUUCCCUAUGAUCUAACAAUAGUUUUCUAUGAAGUAAACUGUCAAUAGGUAUUAAAAUUGUAUGAAUAAGUAAUUGAACUUAUUUAAGUUUUUAUUUAAUUAUUUAUAAAGGUCCUACCAUUUAUCAAAUAUUUUUUUUUCAAAGAAAUACUUGCUACUUUCCAAAAUAUUACUUUCCAUAAAGUUUCAAAGAAAUACUUGCAACUGUUAUGUAUUAUGACACAACAGUUGUAACUAUUCUUUAACUAUUGUUAUAAAAUUUUUUUACUAUUUAAUAAAUGUUAUUACUAUUUUUAAUAAAUAUUAACUAAGGGAUGUAACAUAUAUUUGGCCCCUAUUUGCUAUUUGACCUUUUUGUCGAAUAUUCAGCUGGCGGAAUUUAUUUAUUUUAAGUAUUAACCUUAUUCAUGUGUCUUGUGACCUAUGUUCUAGUUGACUUUUGUGUAUUUAUGUUUAUUUAUUUAUACCACCGAGCUUUAUAUAGGCAUUGAUUUGUGAUAAAUGUAACUUAUUUCUAUAUAAAUAUGUAAAUUACUGCUAAAAUGUUUGUACAUAUUAUAGAGUUUUAGAGAUUUCCUUUCAUAUAAUUUGUUUUAGUCAACUCUUAUUUCAAUAAUGAAAUAUGAAUUUCGGCAGCUUACUUUUUACAUUUUUGAAUUUUGUGAUUUUUGCAAUUUUAAGAUGUGCCAUAUUUAUUUUUUUAAACAAUUUGUUUUCAUUUUUACUUGUAUGGAUUUAAUUAUAUUUAAGCUUUUGUGCAUGCCAUGCUUGUUUUCUUUAGCAAACUUUUUUUUAUCUAUCUAUUCAAUUAUUCAAACUUCUAUAUUUAUUUUAUGUGUGAAAAUAUAUAUUUAUUUGUUGUUGUUAAAGUUUAACUUGUCAAUAGGUGUCUGCAUUUUAUUUAUUUAUUCUAUCCUAUUUUUUAAAAUAUCUUUCUUUAUUAUUUUACUUGCUUAACCCACUGGUGGUUAAGAAAAUGGGCAAAAUUUGGAGAAUGUUUCUCCGCUACACACAGUUCCCCUAUCCAUUAACAUGGGAAAACUGGUUAAAAUGUGACUUUUUACGUGCAGGACCGUCAGUGUGUUAAAUGAAAAAAGUUUAAACUAAAUUAAUGUUUAAGAAUAUAAUUAAUAAUUUGUUCUUGAAAUUUCAAAUAAUUUGUUAUUUGAAUUGUUUUCCAUUAAUGUUUUUGCUUAGGUAAUGAGUUUUCACAUUUUAACUUUCUUUUAACAAUUUUUUUGAAAUAUGCAAAGGGAAAUAUACUUUAUUUAUUUUUAAUACUCUAUUUUCAGAAAACAUUAUGAAGCUUCUCAUUAUACUGUCAAUUUUUUGUCUAUUCAUCAAUUUCUUAAUAAAUAUUUCAGCUUUAA